AUGCCAGACGAUCCUCGCUCUUCCUCGAGGCACAGCUCCCACUCCAACAGCUCCAGCAAAAACAGCGAAAAGGACUAUGCGCUUAGUGUCAAUCUUUAUGGACGGGGAGCUGCCCAUCAGGGUGAUCCCCCGGCCCACUGGGGAGCUAUGCUCCACAAGCGAGGGGAGACGGACGGUGAUCUCUACCAUGUUCGCAAGGACCAAGAAUUCUUCUACGAAGAUCCAGUACACAGACGUCCGAUUGAAUCAAAUACCAGCUUUGGUCGAAGUGAAAUGAUGCAUCUUUCGAAAACGGACAAGGAGACUGCGGCACAAGUCUUGAAUAAGUAUGGCAAAAACAGAUCGACCAUACUUACAGUAUUUUCUGCCGAGCGAACACCGGCGCGAAAAAAUCCACUUUGA